AUGAUUUGUCAGGCAUUGAAGUGGGGGCCGAUAAAGGAUCAGGCACGACUAAAUAAGAGAAACAUGUCGAAGAAGCAGCUGGCAAACAGAGACGACUUCGAGGCGCAAAAGAAGCUCAAGGAGAAACUUUCGGCCGAGCAGGAGGUCACGGGAAAGAUCGUGACGGCAGACAGCGGUGAUUCUAGUUCGAGAUGA